GAAUGAAGAUUCUUUGGGAAAGUAGAAAUUGGCCUGGAGCUAGUAUUGAACAGUCAAUUUCAUGUCUCAGUUGGGCUCCAUCUUCAAAGGAAGGGAGAGGGCUGUUAAGCGUCGGUUGUGAAACGGGUUCAGUUGGUGUCACUUACACGGAUUUGGGAUCUGAUCAUGAUUGUUACAAACGGUUGGUUUUUAAUUUGUUUAACAUCUCUUAUUUGCUUAACUUAGAGACCGGCAAAACCGAACUUUCGGGAUCCCGAGGCGGGAUUUUUUUCUCAAUCGAUGCCGUGACGGUAUCCCGAGGGAUAAAUCCCGGAUCCCGAAUGACCCCAAAAAUCCGGGAUUUCGGGAUCCCGGAAAUCCCGUCGGGAUCCCGUCCCGCGCCGGUCUGAGAAACUUUUAAAAAAUAUAUGCUGAAUAUAUUUUUAAAAUAUAUGCUGAUGAUAUUAAACUGUAUGUAGAACAUAACAAUGAUAACAAUAGAAAUAAGCUUAUAGAAUCUCUUUUAAUUAUUGAAAAAUGGGCUAAGAAUAAUGGAUUAAGGAUUUCUAUAGAUAAAUGCCUCUGCCUAUACAUAGGUAAGAAUAAUGAUAAGCAACAAUAUUUUAUAGAUGGACAACCAAUCAAGAAAGAGAAUUGUGUUCGCGAUCUUGGAAUAUUAAUAGACACAGAUCUAUCCUUUUCUGCACAUAUAACUAAAAUUACAAAACAAGCCUAUUUAAUAAUGAUGUAUCAAAUAUUUAGAAUAUUUAAAUCCAAGUAUCUUGAUAAUUUAGUUUUUGUAUUUAAAACAUAUUUGCGCCCUCUCUUAGAGUACGCGACUGAAAUUUGGAGUCCCUUAAGAAAAGAUCACUUAAUUUCGCUUGAAAAAAUUCAAAAAAUCUUUACCAAAAAAGCCUUUAAACAAUGCGGAUUAGUUGAUAAACCUUAUGAAAUUAGACUACAAAUUUGUAAAUUAAAAAAAUUAGAGGAAAGAAGAGUACUUGCCGAUCUUUGCAUGACUUAUAAAAUACUUAAUAAUUUCACACAUUUGGAACAAGAAAAAUACUUUACUCUAACUAAAAGGGCCAAAAGAAGAAUUCAUCUUUUACAAAAUAAAAGAUUCACUAGCAAGUCAAAAAAUAACUUCUUUGCUCGCAUAGUCUCCUUAUGGAACAAAUUACCUAGGGAAAUUGUUGAGAUUAGAGAUUUAAAAAAAUUCAGGGAAUAUACCAAAAGAAUUGAUUUACUUAGUCUGUCUGGUACCUAGUGUUUAAAAAAAAAAUUUUUUUUUAUAUACAAAAUAUUCAUUUUUACAUUCAAUACUUAAUUUUUUAUUUAUUUUUUCUUAAAUUUAUUGUAUUCACAACUUAUACAUAUUUUGUUUUUUUUUACAAUCACUGUCAGUGUACUUUUAUUUGUACCUGUGAUUGCUGCAUAAAUAUUAAAAAAAAAAAAACACCCUGUAUAUAUGGGAGAGGUGUAGCAAAACCGAAAAGUACCGCAACAAUAAUUAGCUGCAGCUGUCAAUAAUAUUUCAACAACUGGCAAAGUAAUUUUGGCGUUAUGUCCGCUGGCUAAAUUUUUGUCCUUUCCUUUAUCGAU